AUGAUACGGGGCCAGUGCCGACUGAAGCUGGUCAACUAUGAGGCUUCCGAGAACCACAUUUCCCAUGAGACGGAGGGGCUCAGCAGAAAACACCUGGUUGUGCGGCGAGGGAAACCGUUCAAAAUCACUCUGAUGUUUGGUGGCCGGCCGUGGAAUCCUCAUAUCGAGAGCCUGGUCCUGGAGGUUUGGCUAGGGGAUGUGUCAGAGAAAAUCAGAGUCCAGUUCUCCGACGAGUGGUCCGACCCCUUAAGAUGGUCAGCCAAAAUCUACCAAAGCGACAUGCAUCCUCAGUCAGUCAUGGUCCACAUCUGCUCCCCGGUCCUGUCCUCAGUGGCUCUUUAUGAACUCCUUCUCCACAUUGAAACCAGACGGACCAGAAGGAGCUACGUAGUGGGAACAUUUGUCCUGCUCUGCAACCCCUGGCUGAAAGACGACCCGGUGUACAUGCCACUGGGUGUCCAAACACAAGAGUACAUUAAAAGUGACUACGGGAUGCUGUACAUGGGCACUCCUCUCAACAUCAGCAGGCAACCCUGGUCGUUCGGUCAGUAUGAGCCUGGGGUCCUGGAGGCAUGUCUGCGGCUCCUACAGGUCAGCCCACAGCACCUGAGGGACAAAAACAAAGACUACGCUCUGCGAGCAGACCCUGUGUACCUCAGCAGGACGCUCUGCGCUAUGGUAAACUGUAAUGACGACCUGGGGAUUUUGAUGGGGAAGUGGCAGGGCAGCUAUAAAGAUGGCGUCAAGCCUACAGAGUGGAGCAGCAGCGCUGACAUCCUUCACCACUGGUUCAGAUCCAGCUGCAGGCCUGUGCGCUACGGACAGUGCUGGGUUUUUGCUUCUGUCCUCUGCACAGUGAUGAGAGUGCUGGGGAUUCCCUCCAGGGUGGUGACAGUUUUUAACGCAGCCCAUGACGGUGAUGGCAGCUUGUCAGUCGAAGAAUAUUACACGAGCACAGGCGAAAAGCUUAACCUGUCAAAGGACAGCAUUUGGAACUUCCAUGUGUGGGUGGAGUGCUGGAUGAGGAGACCAGACCUCGGCUCUGGGUUUGACGGCUGGCAGGUGGUGGACCCGACACCCCAGGAGAAGAGUGCAGGGAUAUACUGCUGUGGCCCUUGCCCUGUUGUUGCCAUCCAGCAACAUUGCCUGGGCGCCCUCUACGACUCCGGCUUUAUCAGUGCUUCAGUUGAUGCUGACAUCAUACGUCUGAUUGUGAGUGAUGGACUGGUGGUGGAGAGGACGGUGGACACUGAGGCAGUGGGACAGCUGAUCUACACCAAGAGCAUCGGCUCAGACCGACCAGAGAAUCUGACACCUGCUUAUAAGGGCAAGAAAACGCGGCAAAAUGCCACAGUGAUGGUGAACAAGUGCAAUGCAGGGUUUCCAGGAGGCUCGUCACAAGGUUUGGAGGUGUCCCUCAACAUAGAUGGGGUGCCAUCAGUGGGCGACAGUAUCGUCAUGUGUGUGACGCUCUCAAACCAGUCAAGCAGCCCCAGAGUCGUGAUGGAACACCUCAACGCUCAGGUCAAAGAAUUUAACAGAAGCCCACAAGAGAGCUUCUGGAAAACACACAAAAAGAUGCACAUAAAGGCCGGGGAAGUUUUGAAGCUUAACCACACCAUCCCUACCUCUGAGUAUGAGGCGUACCUGGCAGGUGACGACAUUGUGAACGUUGCCGUGGUGAUAAAAGACUUAAAGACCAACAAGCGCUUCCUGGCUGCACAGGAGUUCAACAUAAGCUCACCUCAGAUAGCAAUAGAGAUCGAGGGAGGGGACACUAUCAAGCUGAAGGACGAGCACACAGCUCAGGUUUCCUUCAUCAACACGUUUCCCAGAACUCUGAAUGGAGCCGUGCUGACUGUAGAGGGAUCGGGUCUGUUAGAGGGCAAACACCAGGCCAGGCUCGUUUUUCUGAAGCCUGGAGAGAAGAUAGAGAAGCAGAUGUCUAUUGUGGCCUCUUCACCUGGGACGAAAGUACUGAUGGCAACUUUCUCCCACAGCAACAGCCCCAGUGUUGUUUCCAGAAGCUUCCACAGAGUGUCCGUCAUGACCGACUGA